AUGGUGCAGCUGAUCUGGUGGGGAGACGGCUCCAGUGGACAGUUCGGUGCUCAGACUGCCCUCAGCCCGGUUUCCUGGUCUGUCCCCAGGGGCAUCACCGACAUCUGCUGCAGAGAAAAGCAAACUUUAUUCCUCACCAAGGAUGGAUGGGUUUUAUCAUGUGGUCUCAAACCCCAGGGACGAGUUGUACGAAAGAAACGUAAACAUGCCAAUACUCCAGGUCGUGUGGAGGGUCUGGGUAAUGUGGUGUCUUUGGCUUGUGGUCGGGAUCACUGUCUGGCUUUGAGUGCAUCUGGACACGUGUUCUCCUUGGGGGACAGGCAGCUUGGCAUGUUACCCAAUCAGCAGAGACCAAGCCGGGUACCCACACCAUUCCCAGUAACAGUGAUCCAAGUGGCUUGUGGAGACGUCCACUCUUUGGCGCUGACUAAAGGAGGAGAUGUCUUGUCAUGGGGUCAUAACAGCCAUGGUCAGCUGGGCCUGGGGAAGGACGUGUCACUGAAGGACAAACCCGUCUUGGUGAGAGCUCUGACCGGUGUAGCGGUGACCCAGGUUUCAGCCGGAGCGACCCACUCCUUCUUCCUCACACUGCCCGGCCUGGUGUACUGCUGUGGGGCCAACGAGUCAGGCCAGCUGGGACUCGACAGGGUGGAUGAGAAGGGCAAGUUCAACAUCUGUGUGGCUCCUGCCCUCAGACCUCUGGAUGUGUCUUUUAUCAGCUGUGGAGAGGCGCACUCUGCCGUGUUAACAAAGGACGGCAGAGUUUUCACCUUUGGAGAAGGAAGUAACGGUCAGCUCGGUCACAACUCCACUGACAAUGAAAAGGCUCCUAGAUUGGUUGACGGUCUGGACGGAUCUGCCGCACAGAUUUCAUGUGGCAGACGUCACACCCUGGUGUUGGGCUCCUCUGGCCGACUGUGGGCUUUUGGUCAUGGGGCAAAAGGUCAAAUUGGGACUGGAGGAACAGGUGAUUGUCUGACGCCCACUCAAGUACAACUUCCAUGGACCAGUGACAAUGGAGCCGCCAAACCCGAAGACCUGAAAAUAUCGACUGGUUGGAACACAAACUUUGCUUUCUCGUCACCCACGCAGAGCUCGGACAGAGGACAGAUAACAGGAAGGCUUGAUGAGACAAAACUGAAACAAUGGCUGUCUGCGAUACCGGAGAACGCCGAGGCAAAGAGAGAAAUAUGUUCAAUGUUUUCUACAAGUUCCAGUCUUGUUGCAAGUUUCACAAAGACAAAUAGGUCUCCAAAAACAGCAGGUGCCCUGACUGUGGACCUUGAGGCAGCCAGCAGAGCCUUCAACCAGCUGCUGGCAGUACCAUGGAUCAAACAAACAGUAACCUUAAACAACCUGGUUGAAUUACUUUGGGCUUCAAAAAAUGACAUCCAGUCUUUGGAGAUCUUGAUGGUUCUGCUGACAUGCCCUCUCCUCCAAGAGGGCUCUGCUGUCUUUUACAUCGUGCUGCCUUUGGCCCAAUUUAUCGCAGAUCUGAGUUUGAAGAAUCGCAAAACACUAAAGAGCUGGUGGUCUUCCCUGACUCGGACCAUGAUUACGAAGCACAUCUUGGUGUUUAAAAACGCCCUGAACAUCUGGGCAUUCUUGCACAAAAUCUUCCCUUUGUUACCUCACGACCAAGAAGUCAGUGUCCUGCUGGGUGCCCUCAAGCUGCUCUACAAAGCAAACAAAGACGUGUUCCCUCUGGUUCAGAAGGUGGAGGUCUUUUACAGCUGUGCCAACAUCUUGAAGUCUGACGAAUUCCUGCUCACAUUGAGACGCACUCACCUAGUGGAGGACACCUUCAAACAACUCGCUGCAGCCGACCACUGGGACUUCCGCAGGGGGCUUGUGGUGCAGUUUAAGGAUCAAAGUGAGUUUAUGCUUGUCAACAAUAAGGACCUCUUCCUGCACAUGUUCGAUGAGCUGAUCGCUCCCGAGUCUGAAAUGUUCAAGUACAACGAGAGCAAGACUCUGCUCUGGUUCCCUUCCAAGCCAAAAGUGGAUGAGAAGACUUACUUCCUCUUUGGCAUUCUGUGUGGACUGGCUCUCUUCAACAAGAACAUCAUCCACCUGCCUUUCCCCCUGGUUCUCUUCAAGAAGCUGCUUUGCUUCCAACCCUCGUUGGAUGACCUGAAGGAGUUUGACCCUGGGAUGGGAGAGUCUUUGCGUUGCAUGCUUGAGGACUACACCCCUGAUGAAGUGGAAAGCCUAUACAUCACUUUUAAUGUGACAUGGGAUGGUGAGGAAGUUGAGCUUGAUCCGACAGAAUCUGAAAAACCUGUCACAGCAUCAAACAAAAAAGAAUUUGUAAACACCUUUGUUGACUAUGCCUUCAACAAAUCAGUGGAGAGGGUGUUUGAAGAGUUCAAGAGGGGGUUCUUCAAAGUGUGUGAUUACGACGUGGUGGACUUCUUCCAACCAAAGGACCUGCGGGCUGUGAUGGUGGGCCAAGAAAACUACGACUGGGAUGUGUUCAAGCAGAACACAGUCUAUGAAGGACUCUAUCAUGCUGAGCAUCCAAACAUCGUUACCUUCUGGGAGGUGUUUGAGAAUCUGACAGCCGAGGAUAAGAAGAAAUUCCUUUUGUUUCUCACCGGCUUCGACCGCCUUCCCUUCCUGGGUAUGGAGAGCAUCAGGAUGAGAGUCGCUGUCCUUCCUGAUUCCAAUGAGACCCAUCGGCCAGAGUCCCACACCUGCUAUAGUUUGCUACUACUGCCCCUCUACCGGAGGAACCCGAUCAAGGAGAGGAUGCAGACCAAGCUCCUGCAGGCUAUUCAUCACAAAGGGGGCUUCGGGAAAAAAGACACUGCAGAAUAAAGUUAUGAAGGCUUAUUUUAAAAGAUUGCACAUAUUUGACAGUUCUUGUUUUUAUUUCUUAAACCUGCCAAAUGAAACAUCUUUAUUUUAUACUAUUUAAAUAUACACUAAGUUAAAUUAAUGCUCUAGAGAGGUUUGACAGUAUCAUGUUUUCUUUUGGUUCUUUUCUUGAUUUUUAAUCUCUUUCAAAACUUUCUGGUUUUACAUGUCAAGUUGUUGAAGAAUACGAUGUACAUAAAGUCACUGCUUCAUCUCUG